CAAAAACAGGGCCACUCAUCUCGAGGUGUUUUUAUGUUUCUGCCUGACCGCUCAGGCCAGCUGCAGUCAGCACAAAGUGAGCUUCGCCCCUUGCCAGGCCCCACCUUCUUCGUCCACAGCGUUCAGCUCCAAAUAGUAUUCAUUCCUUGCCCUCGGCCUGCCCGCCAAAAGUUGAUUUAUCUAUUGCCUGUUAGCCCUCGCGCGUGGCUGGAUCUCGUUUCCUUUCUGCAUCUUCCCACUUUUUUGCCCUUCCUACUCGUUUAGCGUGUCCGCGCCGCAAUGGCGUCUCCAGCUCAGAAACAAGCUAUUGCUGAGGCAGCCCUGAAGUACGUGAAGCCAGAGGGCAAGGUGUUCCAGUAUGGUACUGCCGGUUUCCGUAUGAAGGCCGACCUCCUUAACACAGUGGUCUUUGCUGUGGGUUUGCUUGCUGGUCUGCGUUCGAAGAAGCUCAGUGGACAAUGGAUUGGUGUGAUGGUGACGGCGAGCCACAACCCCGCCGAGGAUAAUGGUGUCAAGCUGAUCGACCCCAUGGGCGAAAUGCUCGAGGCCGAAUGGGAAACCUAUGCCACCAAGCUCGCAAACGCCCCACUCGAGAAGAUCGCCGACGUUUACGAUGAGUUGAUCAAGGAGAUUGAUGUCAAGAUGGAGAACCCUGCUCGCGUGGCGUUCGCCCGAGAUACUCGUGCGUCUGGAUCGCGUCUGGUCGGCGUUCUUAACGCUGCCUUGACUGCGACGGAGGUCGAGUUUGCUGAUCUAAAAUUCAUGACUACCCCACAACUUCACUACGUCGUCCGCUGCAAGAACACCCUGGGAACACAGUACGAGUAUGGAGAGCCUACUGAACAGGGCUACUACGAGAAGCUCGCCGAGGCUUUCAAGAGGGUCAUGAAGGGCGUCAAGGUCAAAGGAGCCUUGACUGUUGACUGCGCCAACGGCGUCGGUGGCCCGAAGCUGAGAGAACUCAUCAAGUACCUGCCUAGUGCGGAGGAGAGCGGCCUGGACAUCAAGGUCGUCAACGAUGAUGUGAUCAACCCCGAUAGUCUGAACUUUGAGUGUGGUGCGGAUUAUGUUAAGACCAAGCAGCGAGCACCCCCCUCUUCCAAGGCUGGUGCUCUCGAUCGUUGUGCCUCUCUGGAUGGAGACGCCGAUCGUCUUGUCUACUAUUACGUCGACGAGAGUAGCGUUUUCAGACUGCUCGACGGUGACCGGAUUGCCACCCUUGCCGCUUCCUUCAUCGGGGAUCUUGCUCGAAAUGCUGGCAUAGCGCAGAAGCUUAAAAUCGGUGUCGUCCAAACGGCGUACGCGAAUGGAUCUAGCACCGACUACAUCGAGAAGGUCCUCAAGCUCCCGGUCAUUUGCACAAAUACUGGUGUCAAGCAUCUUCACCAUGCAGCCUUGAGGUUCGAUGUUGGUGUCUAUUUCGAAGCCAACGGCCACGGCACUGUCACCUUCUCUGAGAACGCCCUCAAGGUCAUCAAAAGCACGGAACCCCAAUCUCCCGCCCAGCAACGCUCGCUCGAAUCUCUGCAGGCUCUUGUCGACCUGAUCAACCAAGCCGUUGGCGAUGCUCUGUCUGAUAUGCUUCUUGUCGAGGCGAUUCUUGCCCACAAGGGCUGGAGUACCAAGGAAUGGCUUGCUACUUACACGGACUUGCCCUCCCGCCUCGUUCGCGUGGAGGUCAAUGACCGUUCCAUCUUCAAAGCCUACGACGCCGAGCGCAAGCUCGAGUCUCCUGCGGGCUUACAGAUCAAGAUCGAGUCUUUGCAGUCUCGCUACAACAAGGGCAGGAGCUUCGCCCGUGCCAGCGGAACUGAAGACGCUGUCCGUGUCUACGCCGAGGCGGCAAGCCGGUCCGAAGCCGAUGACCUGGCCACCCGCGUAGCUAACGCUGUGCGGGACGCAGGUGCUGUUUCUGAGAUCCUGCAAUCUUAGGACAGUUAGCUGUUCCUUCGCCAUGAACUGAUGUAUUCUUCGGGUCGUUUCAAAUUCGGCCCUGCUCGUCACGAAGACCCCGAGAUACUACUUGAUUAGAUGAUGGUAAAUCAUCAGAAACAGACAUUUUGAUGAAUUUUUACGAUUUGCUGUGAUGGAUUUGAAGAUACCAAAAAAAAAAAACCACAU